AUGUCCGACUCAACCCUUUACCUUUACACCUCCCUCACUGCGGGCUCGUCGCACAUCGUCACCGCGACUGCCCGCGUUGAGACCAUUCUCAAGGCCAACAAGCUCCCCUUUCGAGCCAUUGAUGUCGCAACAGACGAAGCCGCCCGCAAACUCUGGGGUCGUCGCUCCAAGGGCAAGAAACUUCCCGGGCUAGUCAAAUAUGGAGAUAUUGUCGGAGACCUAGAAGAAGUCGAAGAAUGGAACGAAUUCGGCGAACUGCGCAUGGUGGUAAACAGCGUCCAAGACAUGGGCGGUAUGCCCGCAACAAGCAACCCAACCCCAACCACCAUGACCGAACCCGAGCCCAAGACCCCCAAACCCUCCACAAUCAAGAUCCAAAGCCCACCCGCAAAGGAAGAAAAGAAGGACGAAAUGGCCGUCCUAGCCCUCCGCCAAGCUAGCCAGGAAGCCGCCUCGCAGGCAAAGACCAAGGCUGACGAGAAGAAAACACCCAAGGAACCGACAGCUACGUCACUCACCAAAGCGCACCGAGGCUCCGUCGCGGCAGAACUCCCCGAUACCGCGCCCGACUCGCCCAAGGGCCUGAAGAGACCUACCAUGGUGGUUCCGGAAGAUGCAGCUAUGUCGUCGGCGAACUUCCAUGUCGGGAAUGCGGAGAUGUUGGGCCUUGUGCAGCAUCAUCGUGGCUCGAUUAUUUCUGCUAAUGAUGAGCGCGACCAGGAUAAAGUUGUCAAGGAGAUUCGGCAGUCUAUCUCGGGUGAUCACCAACCUGGUGAUGUGCAGGCGCUGCGGGAGGAGGCAGCCCUGAAGCAGCAUUCGGAGGUCCCAAUUUUUGAAGAGAAGCCAGCUGUUGAGGAGAAUCCAGCUGUUGAGGAGAAUCCAGCUGUUGAGGAGAAGCCAGCUGUUGAGGAGAAGCCAGCUGUUGAGAGUGAUAAGUCCAAGGAGGUAGAGGAGGUAGAGGAGAAGGAAAAGGCACAAGAUGAGGGAAAGAAGGAGGAUGCCCAAAAGGAGGAUGUCAAGGAGAACGUCAAGGAGGACGUCAAGGAGGACAAGGAAGAGGACAAGGAUGCUUCCGAGGAUGCGUCCAAGACCGAAGCCCCGUCUGCUAGCAAGGAGUAA